GAGGGAGUCAAGUCAAGCAGGGAUAAUUAGAGGAGUGGGUCACUGUUGGAAGAUAACAUCCGCGUUGAGGGAAAAGGCAGGAAAAAAAAGGGAAAACGAAUCAAAGCCGCAUAACAAUAUCAGAGGAGGGAGAUAAGAGUCUAAGUCGACCACCAUCAGCGCUGACGUCCAGCGUUGGCAGGAGCGAGCAGUUUCAUCCGGCUCUCAGCAUCCAAUUACAAUGGACGAGGAGCUCAGCCUGUGUGGACUCUAAACCGCUGCCCAGUCAGGAGCGAGUGGAAACAGCGCAGCGGAGGGAGGCAAAACAAUGCUUAGGCUCAUUUGUCUGCAGUGAUUCAAAGUGGGAUUCAUCUUUUUUGAUUUUUUGGUUUUUAUUUCUUGUUUUUCUGCCGCUCGAGCAAGUGGGGGAGACUGCUGCCAAGAUCAAGUCCACGCACGCAGGGAAACGGUUUUGCCUUUACAGGUCUACUGUAAAACCGCCAUGGUGCUCUUGAGGUUCUCCAGACUCGUCCUAAUGAUCAUGGCCCUCGUCCCUCGACCAUCUGUGGGAUGCCCCUCCGGCUGUCGCUGCUACAGCCUCACAGUGGAGUGUGGAUCUCUUGGGGUCAAAGAAAUCCCACAGGGUGUCUCCUCUGUCACCGAGACCAUCUUCCUCCAGGACAACGCUAUAGUGCAGAUCCGUCUUCAGGAUCUGACUCGCCUUGGCAGCCUCCAUUACCUCUACCUUCAGAAUAAUAGCAUCUCAGCCCUGGAGCCUGGCGCGUUUCUCAGCCAAGGGCAGCUGCUGGAGCUGGCCCUCAAUGGCAACCUCAUCCACCUAGUCACCCCGGACAUGUUUCGGGGUCUGGAGCACCUCCGGAUCCUGUACCUCGCUGGGAACCAGAUCACUCGAGUGCAGGACCACACCUUCAGGGGACUGCAGCGUCUGCAAGAACUGCACUUGCAGGAAAACAGCAUAGAGCUGCUGGCAGAGCAAGCUCUGUCUGGCUUGUCAUCUCUGGCUCUGCUGGAUCUCAGCAGAAAUCACCUCCGCACUCUGGGAGCCUCGUCCCUUAAACCGCUCGUGAGCCUGCAGGUGCUCCGUGUCACAGAGAACCCAUGGCGCUGUGAUUGUGCACUGGGCUGGCUGCGAACCUGGAUCAGUGAAGAUGGACAGCGUCUGUUGAGCUCUGCUGAACAGCGUCGGCUGAUGUGCUCUGAACCGCCUCGCCUCUCCCACCUCAGCCUAGUGGAGGUGGCUCCCAACAGCCUGGUCUGUAUCCCACCUGUGGUACAGCUCGAGCCCAGUCAUCUAACUGUGCGACUAGGGGAGAGCCUCCGAGUCUCCUGCCAGGCCUCGGGAUACCCACAGCCUCAGGUGACCUGGAAGAAAGCCUCCCAUGGCAAGGCCCAGUUAUCACCCCGAGGCCUGGUGCAAGAGCUGGGACCCAAUGGUGAGCUCUUCAGGCCUGCGGCUGGAGGAGUGGUGACAGCCCUGCCCAGCAGUGGAGGGAUCAAGGUUGGAGGUGUUGGAGGAAUCCAGGGGCUUGUGCGUGGGACUGAGGAGGGUGGUGAGAGGGACAGCUUUGAUCCGGACAUGGGCAGCGGCAUGCUGUUCCUCAGCAAUGUGACUGUAGCGCAUGCUGGGCGCUACGAGUGUGAAGCCUGGAACCCUGGUGGUGUAGCCAGAGUUACCUUUCAUCUGGCUGUCAACAUGUCCUCCUCUUCAUAUUCCUCCCAGUUCUGGCCUCGUAUGAACAUGCACUCCUUUGUUUCCUCUUCAUCUAACUCCUUCUAUCAGCCAGAGGUUCUGGAUGUUAGCCAGGAGCUGCUCUACGAACAGGACAGCAUGGACUUCUACGCUCUUGGCCCUGCUACUCAGACCGCAAUUGCUGUUGGCAUCUCCUUGCUGGCGCUCACUGCCGUCCUCCUUUUGAUUAUGAUCUACACUCGUCACCAGCAGUACCGCAAAGAAGAGGGCGGCUCCUACUGCACCAGCAAAGAAGAGAGCAUACUCUAUGUGAAUGACUACUCUGAUGGACCCACCACUUUUGCGCAGCUGGAGGAGUACCGUGACGACCACGGCCACGAGAUGUACGUACUCAACAGAACCAAGCCUGUCCUGGGCUCCACUUCAUCCAGGUGUCCAAUGAUGAGUGGGUUCGUCCAGCAGAAGGGGAUGAAGGAGGCUCUCCUGGACCACGAAAUGGUGCAGACACUGACCAGAUCAGGGGGACUGGGGC